AUGCUCUGGAUCCGAAGUGACCUUGAGGCGGAGCAAGUGCCUGUGCCGUCGGCCGAUCUCACAGCAGCGGUACUCCGACUUGAGGGAAGGGAGGUGAUGGUGGUGUCAGUGUAUGUGCAAGGAAAGAACGACGAGGCGCUGACGAACGCGAUGGAACUAUUGCGCGACGUGAUCGAUCACUUCCGCAAUGGGACAGGGAGACGCACCGAUGUGGUUUUGGCGGGGGACUUCAACCGCCACGACCUCCUCUGGGGCGGAGAUGAAGUGUCAGCGAGCAGACAAGGGGAGGGCGAACCCAUCAUUGACCUGAUGGACGACUUUGGUCUUAGCAGCCUUCUCCCGAGAGGGACGAAAACGUGGCAGAGGUCGGACGAGGAGAGCACCAUCGACUUGGUGUUGGCAUCGGCGGAACUGGCGGACGAGUUGACAUCCUGCGUGAUUCAUCCAACAGAGCACGGAUCAGACCAUAGAGCGAUCCAGACGACCUUCGACAUUCGAGUGCCGGAACGUACCUUUCCGCAGCGCCUGAUGCUCAAGAACGCGCCGUGGAUCGCCAUCGCAACCAGGGUCGAGGACGAGCUUCGGCCUCUUCCGUGGACUGUGGGGGUGCAGACGCAGGCGGAUCAGCUCAUGCGGGUGGUCACCAAGGCGCUUCGAGAUCUGACCCCUCGAGCCCAGCCGCCGCCAUACGCGAAGCGAUGGUGGACAAAGGACCUGACGCAACUCCGUCGGACGUACACGUAUUGGCGCAAUCAACGCGCCAAGGAGGCUGCGAAGGAGUACCACGACAAUUUGCGGAGACAAAAGAAGGCCCAUUGGGAUGACUUCGUCAUCGAAGGGAGCAACAUAUGGAGGGCUGCCAACAAGGGCGAGCAAGCCGAGGAACUCCUGAGCACCUUCUUUCCGCCUCUGCCAACGAGGAUCGAGCCGGAGGGUGAACGUCCGCAGAGACAAGAAAUAGCCAUGCCAGACCUCACCUUGCAAGAGAUUGAGGAGAAGGUGAUGGCGGCGAAGCCCUGGAAAGCGCCUGGUGAGGAUGGCCUUCCUGCGAUCGUGUGGAAGAAGCUCUGGCACGUGGUCAAGCACCGGAUCAUUCCCCUGAGGAAACCAGAUAAAGGGGAUUACACCUUGGCCAAGGCGUGGCGACCGAUUUCUCUCCUGUCAACGCUUGGCAAAAUCCUGGAAGCAGUCGUUGCGGAACGUAUCAGCUAUGCAGCAGAGGCUCAAGGGCUUUUGCCCGCGAACCACUUUGGUGCACGGAAGCGCAGGUCCGCAGAUCAAGCACUUGUGCUUCUACAGGAGCGGAUCUACAAGGCCUGGAGAACGGGCAGAGUGCUCAGCCUCAUCAGCUUUGACGUCAAAGGCGCAUACAACGGAGUGUGCAAAGAGCGAAUGCUCGAAAGGAUGAAAGCCCGAGGCAUCCCGAGUCGUCUGGUCAAGUGGAUAGACGCAUUCUGCUCGGGACGGACCGCGUCGGUGGUUGUCAACGGGCACACAUCCGAGCAACAAACCCUGCUGCAGGCCGGCCUACCCCAGGGAUCCCCUCUGUCGCCAGUGGCUUUUCUUUUCUUCAACGCAGACCUGGUGCAAAGACGGAUCAGUAACAAUGGCGGCUCCAUCGCCUUCGUGGACGAUUACUCUGCCUGGGUCACGGGGCCAACGGCAGAGUCAAACAGAGAUGAGAAGACAUCCGUCAUCCACUUCACACGCAUCGCGGAGCGCGACAGCGACCUGCCUCUCAUCAUCAAAGGAAACGAUGUCAAGCCGAAGAGCAACGUGAAGCUGUUGGGAGUCAUCAUGGACAAGGCGCUUCGCUUCAAAGAGCACAUCGCCAGAGCAGCCGCCAAGGCGACGGUGGCGCCAGCCAUGGACUAUGCCUCAAACCGAAUCGGAGCCCAGGCUGUCACGGGAGGCUUUCGCACAGUGGCAACGGCAGUGGCCGAGGCCGAGGCCGGCGUGCAAUCGUUCCGAGAACGGCAUGCUCAAGCGGCAGCGAAAUUCUGGAUAAGGAUGCGGACGCUCCCGAAGACGCAUCCUCUGACAUCGUUGAGGCUCAAGCUGAACAGGAGGUAUGCGUCGCCAAUGCAGAAGCUCGCCUCGGCGAUGGGAAGACUAGAUACCAAACGCCUGGAAGUCAUCCACGAGUUCGCACUGGCGCCGUGGGACGAACGAGUGCAGGCAACGUAUGAGGCAGACCGAGCGGAGGUGCUGAAGUCGGAUGACCCGGAGGACAUCACUAUCGCGACGUCCAGCUCGCAAAGGAAAGGCAAGGUCGGGUUGGGAGGCGUCGUUCGGGAUGCGUCCCGUGACAGCGCAGACGAGGUGCUGGCCAGCUACUCCGUCACCCUUGGCUCCAGUGAUGAGCAGAAUGCCUACACAGCAGGACUCGAGGCAAUCGCCAUGGCCCUGAGGUGUGUACCUCUAGUCUUCAUGACCGACAGCUCACAGUUGUGA